AUGGCCUCUCAACCAGCCGAAGAACCCAUCACCUCUCCCGCCCACCUCGACGGCGUCGCCUACCUCUAUGGCCACCCCCUCCUAAAUUCCCUCUCUCCUCCCCUCCACCAAACAGUCUACAAUGCCCUCGGCCUCAACUGGACCCAAAUCCCUCUCUCCAGCGUGACAGGUACAUCCGCAACCUACCCGCCGCCCUACACCAAGUCCCCGCCAAUCCCUACAUUUCUGUCCUCGAUCCGUACAAAUCCCAAGUUCGUGGGGAGCUCUGUGACCAUGCCGUGGAAGGUGAAUAUUAUGGCGCAUCUAGAUGAUCUUACUGAGGAUGCGCGGCAAGCGGGGGCUUGUAAUACGAUUUUCCUGAGGAAGGGAGAGGAUGGGAAGACCGAGUAUGUCGGGACGAAUACGGAUUGUAUUGGGAUUCGCGAGGCGCUGGUGCAGAAUAAGCUCCCCGCGACGAAUGGAGAGGAUUCAUUCCGGGGGAAGCCUGCGUUAAUUGUUGGUGGUGGGGGUACUGCGCGCACGGCGGUGUAUGUGUUGCGCAAGUGGUUGGGUGCUAGCAAGAUCUAUAUCGUGAAUCGGGAUCGUGCAGAGGUCGAGGCUAUUCUGAAAGAGGAUGGUGAGAGGAAUCCGAACCCCGUGGCGCCAUUGAUUCAUGUGUCUGAGCCUGCUGUCGCGGCGGGUUUGGAGAAGCCUGCGGCGAUUGUUUCGGGGAUUCCGAAUUACCCGCCCAAAACACCUGAGGAGAUCAAGGCGAGGGAGGUUAUUCAGGCUUUCUUCAACGGUGGAUCGCCGCUGUCUGGCGAUAGCUACAAGGGUGUGAUUCUGGAAAUGUGCUACCACCCCGUUCCAUGGACUGAGAUUGCGCAGUUGGCGUCCGAUGCAGGAUGGAAGGUUAUCUUGGGCUCGGAGGCAUUGAUCUGGCAAGGCUUGGAGCAGGCUCGUCUGUGGACUGGGCAGGAUAUUGCUGCUAAGCCGGGUGUUGUACAGCAAGUGAAGGAUGUGGUUGCCAAGUCGAUUGCUUCGAGGGCGCCGUCAAAGUCGAAUUUGUGA